GUCUGGAAGUGUCGGGAUAUUUCCAACAUGGACAUGCAGGUUGUCACGGCUAAAAUACUGUCUGAGUGGAAGAGCCAUGAGAGCAGUUUUGGAGAAGACCUGGACUCGCUUCAGUCCACCUCACCGGAGUCCUCCUCCAUUGACUCCAUGUGCUCCUCGCCGGAGAUGUGCUACUCUAGCGGGCAUCAUGAGAUGAAGGACUUGACUUUCGGCUUCACAGGACGCAGAGAGACUCCAACAUCAGCGCAGAGGCUGAGCAAGCCCAAGAUGUCCACGAAAAGACGCAUGAAGGCCAGCGAGAGGGAGAAGAUGCGGAUGAGGAGCCUUGCAGAGGCUCUGCACCAGCUCCGUGACUACCUGCCGCCGGACUACAGCAAGAGGAGCCAGCCCCUGACCAAGAUACAAACCCUCAAAUACACUAUUGAAUACAUCAACAAACUUUCAGACAUCCUGAACCGUGCGUAACGGACACCGAUGGACCUUUUACGCAUCAGGGUUCCUCACAUCUGGACAUUCAGUGGAGCUGGUUCUAAAUAUUUGAUGAGGAACAUCUUUUAACAUAACUUAAUCAUCUCAUUUAAUAUUUCUCCUGUUUGCCCUACUCUUGGUGUAUAUAUUGAUUAGCGGGCACUUGGCAAUUACUUUGUAUAUGAGGCUGCCUUUGAUGGAGUUAUGAAUUUAAUGUUUGCUGUUGAUAUUUGCUAUCUCGAUACAGCUUUACUGAUGAAAAAAUCUCUCCUAUAUUCCUGUGUGUGUUAAUAGAGAAAUUAGAGAAACUUCAUGUUGGUUGCAUUAUGUUUCUGGUGUAUUUUAGAGUUUAAAUAGCUGCAUGCAAUUGUAAAGUUUGGUUGUGUGUGAAAGCCAUUAAAUAAUUUGUUCUGUUGUUUUUUAAGUGCCUAAU